UCCUUCUUUCGCGUUGGGUGAUGACGUUGCACGGGCAUAGCUACAGCGACGCUGUGCUUUUGGCUAAUUUGGAGGAAGCCUCAUGAUGCUGCCCGUCACUGCAGCUGGAGUAAUUUUGCUAGCAGUGUGUAUUUGUCCAAGUUACGCACUCUACUUCCACAUAGGAGAGACUGAGAAAAAAUGUUUCAUUGAAGAAAUUCCAGACGAGACCAUGGUCAUGGGAAAGUACAGGACUCAGCUUUGGGACAAACAGACCAAUUCCUUCCUCCCGUCCACUCCCGGCCUCGGAAUGCAUGUUGAAAUCAAGGAUCCUGAUGCGAAGGUCAUCCUGUCUCGUCAGUAUGGAUCCGACGGCCGGUUCACCUUCACAUCUCACACGCCUGGAGAACACCAGAUUUGUCUGCACUCCAACUCCACAAAGAUGGCUCUGUUUGCUGGAGGGAAACUGAGAGUGCACCUGGAUAUUCAGGUCGGAGAACACACCAAUAACUACCCUGAAAUUGCAGCUAAGGACAAACUGACUGAGCUGCAGCUGCGUGCCAGACAGCUUCUGGAUCAGGUGGAACAGAUCCAGAAAGAACAAAACUACCAGAGGUAUCGAGAGGAGCGCUUCCGCAUGACCAGCGAGAGCACCAACCAACGCGUCCUCUGGUGGUCCAUCGCCCAGACGCUCAUUCUGAUCAUGACAGGCAUAUGGCAGAUGAAGCACCUCAAGAGCUUUUUUGAAGCUAAGAAACUGGUUUAGCCGGUGUGUGAAGAGGAUUGGUGUCAGGCAACCACAGACACCUUUGGAGACAGACUUGAAUGACUGGAACAAAGACUUGCCCCCCCUCCCCGCACUGCGCAAGUAUUCAAGUGGAGACUUUUUGUCGGCCAUGGAUUAUGAAGGUAGUUUUCCAACUCGGGGCCGUAUGGUUUGUCUUGCUACACAGUGAGAGUAACAACACGGUAGCACAACAUCCCAGUUGCCUUUUCUAUUUUGUUGUAUUUGCCUGACAUCAGUGCACAUGGUGUGGUCGUGCAGCAGCAGAUACGUAACAAUGACACCCGUCUGUUUGCCAUUUCUAACCAUUGGCGUCAUCAUUGCUAACACUUGGUCUCUUAUUUAGACUCUACACACACAAAUGAAUGAUGACUUAUGAUAAUUGUUUAGAACGUUCGUUUACACAUCAGUCAAGGACCUGUCUCUUUCUUACACACACACACACACACACACACACAUUCUUGUAGUUGCAAGAACAGUGGAGAUUUCCUUCAGGGAUCGCCAACAAUAUUAGGAAAAUAGAACUAUUGAUGCACAUAAAACAUCGUUACAAUUUGAAAACACAAAAUGCAUAUUCAUCAAAUGUUUAUAAAUGUCAAAGGAUUGUAAGAUUUUGUUUGGCAUUUUUCUUAUGGCAUUGCUUUAUUGUAGCUAGCAUUCGUUUACUUGGUGUUGAGGUUUUUGUGGCGUGAUGUAGGGACAUGAUGUACUGCAUGUCUGCACAUUGCAGAAGGCUGAUCUGUACUUUUUUGGGUGCCAGGUUUUAUUUAUUGUUGGAAUGUGACAAUUUUCUCUACACAGGUACAGUUCAUCCAGUUUAAUAAGGAAGUCUUAAAUCAUGCAUGUAUGGGUUGAGUUUGAGAUUCUAAUUUGUGUUUUCAAAUGUGCUGUUUUGUUGAAAUGUCCAUUUCCUGAGAUGCACUACCGUCAGACAUGAUCUUCAUGAAGAAAUGUGCACUUGCCAUAAAAUGUUCCAGCAUUGAA